AUGACCCUGCACGACCUUCAUACGCCGCAGCCUGAACUGCAGUGGAGUGAUCCAGAGGCCGAACAAAAUCAGGAAGCUUUGAAAGCCCAGAUAGCCUUGGAUACACAAAAGAAAAUGAACGAGCAAAAUCUAUGGAAAAAACUUGAUAAUAUUCAAAAUGCAACACUGGGAUUUGACAAGGUUUUCGCGAUCAACCUCGCAAGCCGGACAGAUAAGCGCGACAAUAUUGUUCUAGGCUCAUCGGUAACCGGAUUUGUGGUUGACCUUGUCGAUGGAGUAGAUCCGGAGGGGAUGAACCCCAAGUCCUAUCCAUAUAAUUGGAAUCAUGACCAUUCAGAGUCAGAAUAUGCGUGUCGACGAGCGCAUGUGAAUGUGGCGGAACGAAUCGUCGAAAAGCGAAUGAACAGCGCCCUCAUCCUCGAGGAUGACGUUGAUUGGGAUAUCUCGAUCAAAGCUCAACUGCAAAACCUCGCUCUUGCAACAAGAGCCCUUCAAGGCACUGCGCCCGAUUCCACUUCAUCCCCAUACGGUCAUGAUUGGGACCUUCUGUGGCUGGGACAUUGCGGCAUGUCAUGUAAGGUGAAGGAACCAUACUACAUGACUCCACAAGACCCGACCGUCGUCAAGCCUCACCACCUGCCUUUGUAUUUCUAUGGAGUACCAGAGUACAACAAGACGGACGACAGUCGGCUUACAUGUACCGUCUUCGAUUCUACCUGCAUGACCGCAUACGCGUUAAGCUACAAGGGUGCUCAGAAGAUCCUCGCUGCCCUUUCAGUCAACCCAUCCGGCAUCGCCGAUGAAGUCGAUACUAGGGAUCAAAUUGACAUAGUCCUCGGUCGCAUGUGCAAGGCUGGAACUCUCCGAUGCUUUGCGCCAUUUCCUUCCUUGAUGGGCAGAUAUCAAUCCGCAGGAAUGUCUUCUAAAGGAACCGAUCAAGUGGGAAAGGAGGCAGGGUCUCACAUGGUGCCUGCCAGCAGUGUUGGAGUUGUGUAUAGCACAAUGCUUAAUAUUAAGCGCAUUUUGAAGGGCCUGCGCACCGUUCAUGCCACAUGGCCUGAUAUGAAGGCGCAGGAUGUUUUUCCAGAGGAUAUUCAUAUUGGGAUAGGUGAAAUACACCCACCGGUUGGUCCCUCUGAACUAGUUUCUACAUCUGUGGAUGCCAAAAUGCCAGACCUGGCAUCCCUCGAGGGACUCGAACCAGCCAACGAGCCGGAUCCUGCAGUGGUACCAAUGCCUUACGAAACGCCUGUUUCCAAUUUAUAA